GAGAGAGAGAGAGAGAGAGAGAGGAUGAACAGGAGAGAGAGAACGUGUGUGUGAAAAAGAGACUGGAUGGAAUCCACUCUUCGUCUGGCACUCCACAGGCGCUCAUUCAUUAAUUCAAGCCCGACCGACAACAUCAUGCAGGGCGCAGACUCCAGCGGCAGAGCUCGGCACAGACUUUCCAACAGAGGACAGGAGUAAAACGUCCUCCGUCGCACCGGCCCGGUCGCGCUCUCACCUGCGCAACAGCCGUGCGGGAACUGACUUUGGCGCCCUUCGGGACACGCCGACACCGAAGGCAAGAGGCAGAGCUACCAGCCAUAGAGUACAUGGGCCCAAAGCCCCGUGAGGCCCCUGGGAUGGCGUGCAGCGCGUGUUACUACCUGGUUAUCAGCUCAACACACCUGAGCAACGGACACUUUCGGCGCGUUAAGGGAGUCUUCAGAGGACCACUGUGUCCAAGCACAACCAGUGAUUCACCGGAGCGUGCCGAGAGGGCUUUGGGCUGCUCAGCGGAGGAUCUGAAGGCUCUUUUCUACUGCGAGCUCUGUCACAAGCAGUACCUCAGACACCAGGAGUUUGACAACCACAUCAAUUCCUACGACCACGCACACAAACAGAGGCUGAAAGAACUCAAGCACAGGGAGUUUGCUCGCAAUGUGGCCUCAAAAUCAUGGAAGGACCAACGCAAACAGGAGAAGGCUCUCAGACGCCUUCACCAGCUUGCACAGCUGCAACAGGAUACUCAGAGGUGA